AUGCGAAGACGAAGAAGACCUCAGGUGACGCUGGUAGCGCUCGCGGCACUGUUGAUUCGCAGAAUACAGGCUCAAAAUGCGCUUGUAUCAAAUACAGGACCAAAUACAGCACUGAUUACCGAGGCAGACGACUGUGAAGCCUGCUGUGUGACAUCUACAUCAUCUGCGUCUUCAGCGAGUGCACUUCUGGCAGGAGGCGACCCGGAUCUGUCAUUAGUGUGUUGUACCGAACGGCAGCCUCGAAAUCUCUUUGGUACAAAUCAUGGUGAAUGCAGUGGGUUACCAUGUUGUGAAUAUAGUGGUCGGAGAGCCCAAAAUCAUCAGGCUUGGUAUCCAUGUGUGGCUUUCCCUACAUGUCAGAGUGACAGUAAUAAACAGGAAUUUUGCAACGGUCAAGGUCUCUGGUAUUUUACGGAAGGGUAUGACUGGACAUGUAAUGACGAGUGCUGCAGUGGUCUUUUACUUGACUCAAACGUUUGGCGGGGCAAAGCGAACAAUUACCCAGGCCAGACGAACGGUACGUUUGAAGUGACUAUCUCGCCCAUGGACUUUUUAAAUGUCUUUUAUCCCAGUGGCAUGGGCGGACAAACGUAUACGGUCCACCAGAUCAUGCUAGCCAGUCCUCCUGGAUACAGUUUUACUGAAAACUGCUCGUGCUAUCUGGAGCGAGUGGGAAACUCGACAACUAACGCUCCGCAGGAGAAGACUACGUGCGAAGUAUCAACCUUUUUUGGCGAGAAUCGAACUUAUUUGACCGUCGAUAUUUCUGAAGAUUACCAGACGAGUGACACAUUUGUGUUUUUUUUCGAUGGUGUAGUGACCCCCUCAGGAUUAAACGACAGCAUGAGUUCUAUGUCCAACGUGACAUAUACGACGGCAUCAAACCUUACACCAGUGUUCUUCAUCUUUAAUGACUCUGAAAAUACUGUCUUCAACACUUACGUACGUGUCACGGACUUGAUUGGCGCGACAUUAUCAAGCGGUUCGUUUCUGCCGGAAAAUAUCUAUCCCGGCAAUUCAGGCAACGCAAGUCUUACAUUUUACACGGAUGCCAACAUUCCAACGGGCAGUAUGAUUCAAUUGAGUUUUCGUUCUAGAUGGGGCUUUGCUGCCGAUGCUGUAUGGUCCUGGGAAGCUUUUCCGCUCGUCAGUGCGGAUGUGGAUGAUAUCUACGCUUUAAAUGCUGCUUCCAUGACAGGAUUAAAAGCAGACAGCCUACGCAACUUUACACAGACAACAUACUCGCCUUCGGACAAUACGUGGACACUACUUGUGGAGGAACCCAUCUCUAUCGGCUGGGUGAGUCUCGGAGUAGACACAGUUCAGAAUCCCUCGGGUGCCUUUUCAGGUCUGGAUGCCACAUCUAUUGAGGUUCGCUCUCAGGACGAUCUUUUGAUUAUUGGUGGCACCUUUUCGGCAAUUUCGGUAUAUCUGACGUCUGGUGCUACUGCCAGCCCAUAUAAUUACGUGACGAUGGUCGUUCUUGUAGGUUCGCUGGCAUUCUGUAGUGUGGCAAUUCGUAAAAAUGGUCUCUCGCUCUCAUUGGGGUCCAUCUGGACAGAUAUUACAGCCAUCUGCACCGUGUUAGCCCUGGCCACUGCAAUUGUAAACAAUUUUGUUUGGUUCUUUAGUCGUGGUAGCACCUACUUCUACAUCAUGCACGCAUAUUUGUGCUUUACGUUCACUAUGCUCACAGCUGUGUGCUUUCACUGGGGAACAGUCUUAAGUUUGCGACUUAGAAAGCUGCCGAAGCUUACUACGACAGUGGCGUUUGUGAUGCUCAAUGUGCUGUUUUACGCUUUCCAGAUAUGCUAUAUGCUCAACUACCACACGCUGAUCGCACGUGUUUACGAAUCGGAAAAUGAUGUCACAACACUUGCUUACCAACAGUGUAAUAGAAAUGCUGACACGUCGGCCACUGUCUUUUCAGAAAUUCAAGGUUAUUUAUGGGCGUGCUACGCUGAUGAUGACGACAACUUUUUCUUGGUCUCGACUUCGGUCACGUACGGAAUUUUUCUCGUCUUGACGUUUGUUGUCAUGGCGUUAGGUGUGAUGGUCAUGCGACGUGGAAAGUUGCUUCUUGGCAGUGCAUCAGGUCCGCACCAGGUCGUGUUAGUAAAGGCGCUACGUCUCUACUACGCACUCAUUGGUAUCGUCACCUUAGUUUACCUCUUGUCUUGGGUGGUUCAGAUCAUUUCCCGUACUACUCGCGGAAUUGCUUACCCGUGGUUCUAUAUCUUUACUGUAUGGCUGCCUUGUUCCAUUCCUCCAUGCUGUUUGAUCUUUUUGCAGUGGAAUGCUACGGCACAAUCUCUGCGCGAUGCGGGUCGAGAAAGACCUAGCGAUUGCAGUCCAAUGUCGGAGUCGGGUUACGGAGAGAUUCGCACGCCUAGCUUUACUUUUAGCACGACGGAUCGAUGGACUGAGGCCUCGUUGGAGCGAAUUGAAGAGAUAAUGGCGGAGGGCGAAGCAAGUUCGGUCGCAGUUUCCAGUCAACUUUCGCUGAAGAAUUCGACAAUCUUUCCUACGGAUGACUAUGUUGGUCUUUCAAUGGCGCUGGAAAUGAAUGAGGACUUUGCUCACGGGUGCUUUAUUGCGAUUCAGCGGUUGGAGGUGGAAGAGGGAAGGGAAACCAUGUCUAGCUCGUGGCGGCAGACCAGCAACACUGAUACUGUGAUGGCAAGUGCAAAGGAUGCGGCACCAGGAUUACCCUCUCAGCUUCAGCGUUACCUAUACACAUUUUUAUCUGUGCCUCGCAUUCCAGUCGGUAGAUCGGCUGAAAAACUUCGCUUUGUGGUCUAUUCAGUAAAUGCAGCCCCUGCUUCCGUAAGUCAUGAAGAUCACUCUGGGAUGACCGCAGCCGAAGUCUUGGCUGCGAUGCAAAGCAACCGUGAUUUUGAUGAUGAAGAUAGUCAGCACACAUUGGAUUCAUCAGUUGUAGAAAUGGAAGCAUUUGGAGGAUUUUUAAGCUCCCAGGUGAUCGAUGAGCUGUUUGAGAUGGAAUCGCCUGGGUCCACUGUAGAAGGACCGGGGUCUGGAUCAGAUCUUAACUCUGGCUCAUCAAUAUUGCCGCACAGUCUUAGUGUAGUUGCCGAGUUUACAGUGUCUACUGGCACCCUUGUGACAGCAGGAGCACGAACAGAGCACACUAUGCUUACUGCAACUGAAGAUUCGUACAAGCACUUUGGCCCAAACUCCGCACCUCCAAAAUUGCUCGUCAAUACGGUUAUACCGAAGGCUGCAGGUGCAAAGUAUGGCUUUAAUGGCGUCGACGGGGGUCUCCACGCAUCAGCGCCAGCGAUUAGCAAGCAGUACCACAUUCGUGAACAAGGUUUGUUGGUAGUAGAAGACUUAACGGAAAGUCGCUUUAGCAAUUGGAUUCCGCGCCAAAUUUUGGAAGUUAUCAUUCGGUACCGCACCAAGGAGCUACUCAUAGCUGAGAUGGAUCUUGCACGACUCGAAGCAUAUGAUCGUCAACGACAAAAAGGCUCAGACCGCGGUAUCUACGAGAAUUUGAUUCAACAAAUUCAAGACGAUGGCGAUUUGAAUCGAUGCCGCGAGUGGAUGCUACAACGCUGUCACGAACGUAAAGAGUACGUCGAGUUAUUGCGUCAGUUGCGACGUGUCUAUGUAAUCCGUGAUCAGCGAAAAAUCUAUUUCAAGGCUAGUACAGAGAAGAAAAAUUCGCAGCUACGCUUUCUUCCUAUAAAUUUGCACCUUCAAGAAAUGUGGGUCGGCAAUGCAAAUGCUGUUGCGCAAACGAGCUUUGGAAGCAGCGGGACAUCAGGUGUUAAUGCGAGUGCUGCCGUGUAUGAUAUCGUUACCGUUGGCGCCAUGGCAGCUCACAUCUACAAGUUUAAGAAUGGUGGCAUAUUUGGUCUUGAAGAGCAGCAUUCUAAGCUUAAACCACGUGUUCGUGAACCGCAAACAUAUGCACAUCAUCAAAAACCACUCUGGACAGAAGAUGAGCAGAAGGCUGACAACUUGGAGUGGAUGCUUGGCAAACGAAUGGAUGUCUGCUUUCCACAAGCUGUGGCUGCGCUUGUAACGGCCUUUACACGCAAAAUUGACUUGGCAUUGCAACACGCUCGGCUUGAACAUGGUCAGGCCAUGCUAGAGCAGCUGAGUAAAUUGGGUUUUCUAUUUAAUGUUGAGAGUUUAGUGUCAACCCAUGGAAAUGAAGCAGGAAUGCUUGAGGAUAUGGCUGGUGCCGUGAAUGAGUUGCGCAAUGUCCGGUUUGUCUUGGUGGAUGAGCAUGAAGACACUAGCGGGAUGGACGAAGAGUCUAGUGAAAACAAGUCGCCUCGCUUCGCACCGUACAAUGUUGAUGAAGAAUCUAAACGCAGCUUGUCCGAAGCAAGCGGAAGCUCUCGUGAGGCUGCACGCGACACGCGUUCAACAAAGCGUCGGGGAAUGCAGGUCAAGCAGCGUCAGUCCGUGCAUCAGAGAUCUUUUGGAUCUGCAUCAUUCAACUCAACGAACUCUAGCCAUUUAACAGGCAUCGGCGGUGUGAUAGACGUAGAUGUAUUUACAAGCAUGGAUGACGCUCUCUCUGAAAUAAGCUCAGCUAAUGCUGUCGACUCAGAAAUUAUGAAUGGGACACAGUUAUCGAGAGAAGAGCUAAGAUCGCAAUCUUCUUCGCUGAGUGGUGUGGGCCAAAGAUUGCUAAGUACUUUUAUCAAAGCACGUAAUCAUCGGUUCUUGGGUGGACCUGGCAACAAUUGGGGACAUGUUCAGUCACUGGCUCCCGCCUCCGUUGAUAAGCUUUUUCCAUUUACGCACCUAGUUAUUCGUAUCAAGCUACGAUCAGGAAAGGUCAAGCUGACAAAAGCGCUUCGUCAUGGUGGACCUAUCAAGGUAUGUCCUGUGCUUUUUACGCAAGGAAUUAAUGAAAGACAGACACUGGCAAACAACACGGGAUCCUCGGUAACACGACUACAGGACGUAAUCAAUGCCAACAGCCUCAAGACGCUACGCAAUUACUGCGAUCGCUACUGUAACUUUAUGUCCAGGCGUCAAGCAGAGAUGAUGCAAAAGCGGGAGCUCCUAAGAGUAAAUUCAACUGACUCGGUAUAUUCUCCUUCGCAUGGCACAGAUGUGACUGUAUUUGGACCGUCACGGGAAGAGGUUUACCGAAUCUUGGGGGAGCUUGAAAAACUCAUCGGCACAGCUGGAAGACAGGCUAGGAAAAAGCGUCCUGAGAUUUUGCAACUUAGUUCAGACUUGUGUCGCAGCAUAUCGGGAGGACGUGUAACAGUCUGCAAGUCGGCGAAAGAUCGAACGGGAAUGUCAGUGACAUUGGAACAGGGCCGUAUUCUUGUGCAGCAUCACGGUCUUCGAGAGCAAAAGAAAGCAGGCAUUGUAUCUGUGAUGCGAUCUGAAGGUGUGCGAAUUGAAAAUGCUCUGAAGAAUACUGGCCGACGUGUGUUUGCAUUUAACGCUUUGCAGCGAUCUUUACUUCCUGAGGAGUACCGCUGUCCACCGCAGACAAGUGGACGCAACGUGUCAUAG